AUGCCGAGUCUAACUUCAGCCUCUGGUGUCUUGGGUUUCCUCUCAGAUGAAGAGCCAGAGCUCAAGAUCUUUGCUCUUCAAACGUUGAAUGAUGAUAUUGAUACCCUAUGGACAGAGGUUGCAGGUUCUAUUUCUCAAAUUGAGGCGCUUUACGAAGAUGAAUCCUUCCCCGAGCGACGACUAGCUUCCUUAGUGUUAGCAAAGGUCUACUAUCAUUUACAAGCUUACAAUGAGAGUAUGUCAUUUGCUCUCGGAGCGGGUGAUCUCUUCCAACUCGACAAUCCUGGCGAAUUCGAAGAAACCAUCAUUUCAAAAUGUGUCGACACUUAUAUCAGUGUAUCUGCUCAACACCAUGCUGCACCGCAGGAAAAGAAACGGGAUAAUGCUUUACCUACUCUCGCAACUACAUUCGCAAGUGGACUCAAUGACAUCAGCGCUGCUGCUGCUGCGUUGACUUCACCCACCACGCCUUUCUCGCAGUCUACUCUACCAUCAAAAUCUCUUCUAUCACGAGCCUCUACCAAUAACAUGUUGGAACAACCUGCAGCAGAAGGCAAGACUUCGGAUUCUACCAUCUUGCCAGAUCGUUCUACUCAGAUUGCGCUCCAAAAGAUUGUUGAAAGAUUAUUUGAGAAUUGUUUACGCGAAGGGAGAUAUAGACAAGUGGUAGGAAUUGCGGUUGAGGCUAGAAAUCUCGAGGUUUUACGAAGAGUUAUCAAGCGUGCUAGUGACGACGAAAAGAAGUCAAAAUCGAAGGUGCCCGAAGGUACAGCUGGCCCAACAGAAGAAUUGAUGGAAUAUGUCUUGGAUAUCUGUAUGGGUGUCGUACAAGAGAGAGGACUUCGAACAGAGAUACUCAGAUUGAUCUUGGAUCUACUGAACGAUAUACCAACUCCCGAUUAUUUUGCAAUUGCAAAAUGUGUUGUUUACCUCAACAUCGACGAAGAGGCAUCGGCAAUGUUGAAAAAGCUUGUGGUUAAGGAUGAUCAAACUUCUACCGCUAUCGCAUAUCAGAUCGCUUUCGACUUAUACGAUAAUGGUACUCAAGAAUUCCUCGCUAAAGUUAUUAAAUCUUUGCCCAAGAAGGUCACCGAGGCGGAGCCAUCUGCAGAGGAGCCAACAGAAUCUGAUCAGCUCUUGGGAGAGUUGAACGAUCAAGCUGGGGACUCUACCGAAGGAGCUUCGGAUGAACAACUCAAGGUUUAUGACUCGAUCCGAAAGAUCCUCAAUGGUAGUGAGACCAUUCGACUAAAUCUUGAAUUCUUAUACCGUAAUAACCACACCGACCUCAGUAUUCUCAACAGGGUUCGUGACAGUCUUGAAGGUCGCAACUCCAUCUUCCACACAGCUGUUACCUUCUGCAAUGCGUUCAUGAACCACGGCACAACCAACGACAAAUUCUUCCGCGACAAUCUAGAUUGGCUAGGAAAGGCAGUCAACUGGUCAAAGUUUUCUGCUACUGCUGCUCUUGGUGUUAUUCACCGCGGCAAUCUUUCACAGGCCAAGAGACUGUUGGAGCCUUACUUACCCAAACCCUCGUCAAUUACAGGUUCACACUAUAGUCAGGGCGGUGCUCUUUAUGCUUAUGGGUUGAUCUAUGCCAACCAUGGCGCCGAUGCCCUCGAGUAUUUGAAGAAAAGCUUUAAUGAGACCCAAGAAGAGGUUAUCCAGCACGGUGGUGCGUUAGGAUUGGGUAUUGCUGGUAUGGCUACAGGUGACCAAAAGAUUCUCGAGAACUUGCAAAACGUACUUUUAACCGAUUCUGCGCUCAAUGGCGAGGCUGUUGGUCUUGCGAUUGGUCUCAUUAUGUUGGGAACUGGAAAUGAGAAAGUUUUGCAAGAGAUGAUCCUCUAUGCUCACGACACUCAACACGAGAAAACUGUUCGAGGUCUUGCUCUCGGUAUGGCAUUAGUUAUGUACGGCCGACAAGAAGGAGCCGAUGAUCUCAUUAAUGGAUUAUUGAAAGACGCAGACCCAUCUCUCCGUUAUGGUGGUAUCUUGACUGUAGCUUUGGCAUACUGUGGCACUGGAAGCAACAAGGCAGUUCGUCAAUUACUUCAUGUGGCCGUCAGUGAUGUGAACGACGAUGUUCGUCGUGUUGCCGUCAUGAGUUUGGGUUUCAUUUUGUUCCGCAAGCCCGGAAGUGUGCCACGUAUGGUCGAACUAUUGUCCGAAUCUUACAACCCACAUGUUAGAUACGGUGCCGCCAUGGCCCUUGGUAUUUCUUGUGCCGGUACCGGUCUUGAUGAAGCUAUAGAUUUGCUUGAGCCUAUGAUGAAGGACCCUACAGACUUUGUUCGACAGGGUGCCUUGAUCUCUCUUGCCAUGAUCAUGGUUCAACAGAAUGAGGCAAUGAAUCCAAAGGUUACAGAAAUUCGCAAGACCUUGAAGAAGGUCGUCGCAGAUCGUCAUGAAGACGCUAUGGCCAAGUUUGGUUGUGCAUUAGCAUUGGGUAUCAUUGACGCUGGAGGACGCAAUUGCACAAUCGGAUUACAAACUCAAACCGGUAACCUGAACAUGGCAGGUAUUGUCGGUAUGGCAGUCUUUACACAAUACUGGUACUGGUUCCCAUUCACCCAUUUCCUCUCCUUGACCUUUACCCCUACAUCUAUGAUCGGUUUGAACAGCGAAUUGGAGAUUCCAAGUUUCAAAUUCCACAGUGCUACUCGUCCAAGCCUUUUUGACUAUCCACCAGAGCAAGAAGUCAAGACUGAGGAUGCACCAACUUUGAUCGCAACUGCCGUUUUAUCGACAACCGCUCAAGCAAAACGCAGAGCACAGAAGAAAGAGCGUGCUCAACGACGAGAGAGUAUGGAUAUCGAUCAGACUCCUGCCACACCAAAACUUCCCUCCUCAGCUGAUGAUAAGAUGGAUGUAGAUGAGUCAUCAAAAGACACUGAAGAGAAGUCUGCCGAGAAGAAGGACGAAGGCGAGAAAGAUACCCCUGGAGAGACCUUGAAGAAGAAACUUGAGAAGGAGAAGGUUGGGUAUGAGAUUGAAAACAUGUCCAGAGUUUUACCAUCUCAACUCAAGUUUAUUAGUUUCCCAGCUGGUCGAUACAAGCCAGUCAAGAAACCUACUGGGGGUGUUAUCGUAAUGAUUGAUACUCAGCCAGAAGAAGAAAAGGUCUUGAUUGAAGAAAAAGUCAAGAAAGUUAAUGUCGAAAAGGCUGCAACAUUUACAACUUUUGGGGAUCUACGCAACGAAGCCUUCAACUUGCGUCGUCAAGCCCAUGCUCAAGGAGAAGCUGCAGGUGCAUUCUCAGGAGCUGCAGCAGCAGCAGGCGUGUUGACCGCUGUCGAUGAAGACGAUGAGGGUGACGAGGAAGCUACUGUGCCCAAUGAUUUCGAAUAUUUCUCUGAUGGGGAGGAACAGUAA